AUGGCUUUCCACUCUUCACAUCCUCACCCUUUUGGUUACGACUUAAAUGCCAAUCACCUGAAUUACGACACGCCUCAACAAUCAAAUCAACCCUCCAAGUACUAUCAAGAAACAAAACCUGGCGCAGAUCAACCGAUCAACAAUGCUGCGAUGAUGCAGGCAAACUCAUUGAGUCAAAAUUUUCGCAAAGACUCCGUCGCAACGAAUUCCGGCGCUCAGAAUGACGCUCCGACUUGGGAUCACAAGCAGAUAUAUCCCACCGCUGGUUACAAUACCUCACAUGUCUACCAAGGCGACAACAGUGGAUAUGCUCAACAUGACCACACCCAAGUCUACUCUACUACAUCCCAGGGCUGGAUGAUGUCGCCGACUGGCUCUGUGGACACGUCAGGCUUCGAAGGGUAUGCAGGAGCCAAGUACGAGAACUCGCCUUUCCCAGGUAGUCUUCCCUCAGAGCGAGCCACGUUCACUCCGCAUCCAUUCUCUCAGACUCGUCAUGUGUCGAGUCCGCCACAAGCUUCGUCGUCACCGCCAGCACACGCCGACUGGAUGGACAUGACCGGACCAAACAAACCCUUGAAGUCAGCAGACGUCAAGCCGAUCAAGCCUCGACAUCAGCCUAUACUCAGACGUGAGCAUCGUGACAGUAUACGGAAGAAGAAUGCAAAGAUUCCCAUACCGUCGGAGAUCACUCUUGAGAAUAUCGACGACUUGAUCGAGGGUUGUACUGAUGAAGACGAGAUGAAACAGCUAAAAGCGCAGAAGAGGCUUCUCAGGAACAGAGAAGCGGCACUCGCAUCUCGACAACGAAAGAAGAAGCACACUGAAAACCUCGAGCAAAAGGAGAAGCAUCUUGAGACCAAGCUUCUGUCCUUGCAUCAGCAGAUAGAUCAACUACGCCUGCAAGUCGAGACAGCAGAGAGUCAAAAGCAGUUCUUCAUAUCUGAACACAACAAAGCUCAUUCUAGGAUCCAAACAAUGCAGAUGGAGAAGGAAGACUUGAUUUGCAGCCACACGAAGGAGACUGCGCAUCUGCGAGGACAGAUAAAUUGGUAUCGCGAGCAAUUUGAGGCCACGAGUCCUGCUGCGCCAGCGAUGAGUGCAGCGCCGAGCUCUACUGGCUUCACUGACUUCAAUUUGGAGAUGGAUCAUUUGGCCAUAGAAGACCAGCCAUGGGAUAGGUUCAUCAGCGUACAGGGAGCUGAGAAUGUUGACUACCUUGGCGAUACCGCUGAAUCCUUUGCGACAAUUCAGCCUGUCAAACAACAACAGCAAGAAAUCGCAACAAGGCUAGGCACAGAGCAACCAGUCGCUUCGAGUAUCUUGUUCAUGCUGUUGCUAUGUGGAGCCUUCGUUGCGUCGAGAUCAUCGCCAGCCUCGAGAGAUACCGCGCAAGCCGGACUUAUUCCCAAGAUGCCCGAGGAAGUCAGAGCAGCAAGCACGGAAGUCUUGAAUAAUUUGCUCAAAGACAACCCCAAAGAGGUGUCACGUUUCCUCCCUGAUCUCACGCCUUCACAUCACUACCCUCGGGUGGCAGACAAUAUUUGGCCGCAGCACAACAAUAUGCAAGACUUGCACAAGCAUUUGACGUCUCCCACUGCGGCUCAGGAAGCGGAACAGGUUUUCGCAAUGACGCCAGAACAGUACAACGCGUUGACCACAUACCAACACAUGGACACCGUUGUCUCAGCACCAGCGACUCACAGUAUGCGGCCAGAUCUCGCGGAGACAUUGUCGCGCAUGAAAGAGGCCAGGGGACCGAGUAAGGCUGAGGUCUACACAAGAUCACUGCUUUGGGAGACUGUGCCAGAAGACGUGGUCAGAGCCUUCAAAAAGGCUGUUACCGACAAGCUGGAAGCAAAUGAUCUGAUGAAUGAGUAA